AUGCAACAGUACAGGAAUAAACUACUAGGAAAGGGCUGCUGUGGAACGUCUUAUACACAGGUGACCGAAGAAUUGCAAGAGCUGAUUUUCAACCAUGUGAACAGGGAACAUGAUCGAGUUAACGAACAUAGAGGAAGCGAAACGAAUCCCGAAGAAUUGCAAGAGUUGAUCUUCAACCAUGUCAAGAAGGAUAUUAGUCAAUCUGAGGAGAAUAGAGGAAACCUUAGGAUGACAAGCGGAAGCCGUGCACUUGAAAAACAUAAGUUGCCUUCGUUUAAGAAUCUGAUAGAUUUAAUUAUUGACGACACCGUUUUUAACAACAACUUUCUUCAAAUGAUGGGGGGUAUGACUUCUCUUCAAUCUAUUGAAAUUUUUAGUAGUGACAUCAGCGUCAACAACACUCUAUUUGACCAAGGAAUUUGUAAGAUGCUUCAUCUUCAACACUUAGAGAUCUGGGCCAAUGGUUUAAUGGGUACCUUGCCUUGGUGUCUUGCAAACUUGACAUCCCUUCAAGUAUUAGAUAUCUCAUACAAUGAUUUUAUGGGAAAUAUCUCCUUAUCUCCUCUUAAGAUGCUGACAUCCGUCCAAGAAUUAAGGCUUUCAGACAAUCAUUUCCAUAUCCUUGUUUCCCUUGAACCAUUUUUUAACCACUCAAAGCUUAAGAACUUCUAUGGGCCUUUGCCAAUUCAGCCUCACAUGUCUUUGAAAGAAUUAGAUAUAUCCAUCAAUUCCUUCCAUGGGCAUAUUCCAACGGAAUUUGGAGCUUAUCUACCAAUGCUACAAACUUUAAACAUUUCUAGAAAUGCUUUAAAUGGUAGCAUUCCCUCUUUGUUUGGUGACAUGAAGUCGUUGGUGUUUUUGGAUUUGUCUAAUAAUUUGUUGACUAGAGGAAUACCUGAGUAUUUGGCCACGGAUUGCACCUUAUUACAAUUCCUUGUAUUGUCAAACAAUAGUUUGCAAGGUCAGAUAUUCCUUACAAAUUUUAACUUGAAAAACUUUUUAUAUUUACAAUUGGAUGGCAAUCAUUUCCUUAGAAAGAUGCCAGAUAGUUUGUCUAAUUACUCCUUGGAAGGGUUGUAUAUAAGCGAUGACCAUCUUGUUGGCACAUUACCAAGGUGGUUAGGAAAUAAGUCAUGUUUGAUAGAUAUUAUAAUGUCAAAGAGUCAUCUUGAAGGUCCAAUCCCAUUAGGGUUUUGUCAACUAGAAAGUCUUGAAGUAUUAGACUUUUCAGAGAACAAUAUUAUUGGGAGUUUACCAUCUUGCUUUCCCCCUUCAUCAAUUAAACAAGUUCAUUUGUCAAAAAAUAAGUUACAGGGACAACUAAGUGAUGGAUUAUCCAAUAUUUCUUCUCUAACGACACUAGAUAUUGGAUAUAAUCACUUUGAAAGCAACAUUCCUGAUUGGAUUGAUAUGCUUUCUAAUUUAACUUGCCUUAUCUUGAGUAAUAACGAUUUUCAAGGUGAAAUGUCAAUUCGUUUACGUAAGUUAAGUCAAUUACGCUUGAUAGAUCUUUCUCACAACAAGCUUUUUGGACAUAUCCCUCCUUGUUUAAAUAUCACAAUAGUUACUACUGCUUUUGAUUUUGUAUUUGAUUCUCAUUUGGUUCGAAUUAUACCUCUUAGAGAGGAAGAAAGUGUAGAGUUUACAACGAAGACUAUAUCUUACUCUUACCGAGGAAGACUUCUUGCCUACAUGUAUGGAAUUGAUCUCUCCAACAAUAAGUUAGUUGGUGUGAUUCCUUAUCAAAUUGGAAAUCUUGUCGGAAUCCAUUCACUUAACCUCUCUCACAACAACUUGACAAGACCAAUCCCAUUGACAUUUUCAAAUCUCAAGCAGAUCGAGAGUUUAGAUCUUUCAUACAACAAUUUGAAUAGGAAAAUCCAUUCCCAACUUGUUGAGUUAUAA